UGUCUUGUAAUUGUAGUUAUAUGCAUUUUUUACAUGUUCGCAGCCAAUUUAGUUGGACAACAAAUUAUAGAUCAUAAUAACCACGUAUUCAUCAUGGCAUAUAAAGUUCGAUGGUAUAUAGCUCCUUUAAAUAUACAGAAAAUGAUAUUGCUACUAUUACAAAGAGGUAAUAAAAGUUUUGGUCUAUCUGUUGGUGGAUUGUUUAUAGCGUCUUUAGAAUGUUUUGCUACGCUGAUAAAUGCAUCCGUGUCUUAUUUUACUGUCAUGUACUCAAUGCAAUAA